AUGGCCUCCAAACUGAAGGAGCGGAAAAAAAUCCCCGUUUCCCACAAAGUGAUCGAAAAAAGGCGGCGGGACCGGAUCAACCGCUGUCUUAAUGAACUUGGGAAGACGGUGCCCAUGGCGCUGGCUAAGCAGAGCUCCGGCAAGUUAGAGAAAGCCGAGAUCCUCGAGAUGACCGUCCAGUACCUGCGAGCCCUUCACUCGGCCGAUUUCCCCCGCGGGAGAGAAAAGGAGCUGUUAGCUGAGUUUGCCAACUACUUUCACUAUGGCUACCACGAGUGCAUGAAGAACCUUGUCCACUACCUGACCACAGUGGAACGAAUGGAGACCAAAGACACCAAGUAUGCACGGAUCCUGGCUUUCUUGCAGUCCAAAGCCCAUCUUGUCACCGAACCCGUCUUUACCUCCCUGGGAUCACUCCCAGAGCCAGACUUCUCCUACCCACUUCCGCCAGCACUAGACUGUUUGGGUCACAGCCCCAGUGACUCUGUUUUCCAGCAGGGCUCUGGCCAAGGGCCCUUCUCCUGGCACAGCUCUGCGAGGAGCCCCCCAAUCCCUUACAUUCCUAAUCCUGCUAUGCCACUUGCUAGCCCUGGACAGCAGCGCAGCACCUUCCUGUCAUCAGUACAAGGUCUGGACCGCCACUACCUCAACCUGAUUGGCCACUCUCACCCUAAUGCAUUCACCCUGCCUGCUGGUCAGCAUCCAUCUGUGCUAUAG